AAGACACAGGAAGAGUGACAGCAGGCCCACUUAUUUGUCGUAAUUCCUAGAAUUAGUACUAUUUUGAUUUUCGGUUUUGAUGGGAAAGAAAGACAUCAUUGUGCGCACCUCAAAGGAUUUUUUCCCGCACAAUAUGCGAAGCGACUGCGACCCGCGAGCUCGAGCAGAACCAGAAGCCACUUUAACUUCUUUUCACUCUUAUUUUUUUAGAGCGAUAAGAGUUUUCUUUUGGUACUGCUAUCUUGUAUGUAGUGAGGUCACCGAACGGUUCUAACCGGGGAGUUUUUUUGACACCCAGCCAGCAAAACGACCGGCAGUUUUCAAGCGGCCGAAAGCGUUUUUUGACAUAAAAAAUUUUCAAUUAUCAAGCGGGCGGGGCUUUGAUAUCAAACAAGCCCAGUCGAAAACUAUCGAUUCGCACUUGAUAAAACGACGCAGGGGAGCCGGCAAAAGGGGCGCCCUUCUGAGGACCCCACCGCCUUAGUUUCUGGCGAUUUGGGGCGCCCAAAAAGAGGCGCGCAGAAAACGCGCCCAAAAUCAGAACAGCGGAACAGCAUGGCACGGCCGCGAUUUCGAAGCAUUUUGGGCGGCCGCGAAAGCGGCCGCCUUUUCGCCGGUUUCAGAGCCUGGGGAGCUUUGCAAAAAGCGCCGGCGUGAAAAAUAAAAACGCAAAAGAGAAAAAGCGCGCCAGACGCGCAAAGCCAACCCGCAUGCUACGGGCCCGAUUUUUCUUCGCUUUUUGGGCGCCCCCCGUGGCGCCCGGAUCGGCCCCAUAGCAUGGGGGCUCGCUUUCGGAAAGGAAUUUUGGAAAUGUGCCAAAAUUCGCGACGUUUCUCAAGUGACCGCCAUACCGUGCGGCAUAACGUUACUCACGGCGGUAUGGCGAGCCCAGAAAAAGCAAAGCCGCGGCCAAGGCGGCUGUCGGAAAAAAAACGCCCACGACCUCACUACCCCCGCCCCGGCGGCUAUAUUUGGUAGGAGAUUUUUCUACUUGUGCUUAUUCUACAGCUGAACCUGAAACGGCAUUAUUGCAAGCGGAGAAACUCGAAAUAAACACGAACCAGGAAGACUUGCGCUCUCGCUCUGAAUCUCAUCAUCUCGACGGUGUUGAAAACCGUGCGGGUCCAAUUUUGUCUCGUCGUGAUGGUGCGCGCCAGCUAUUGCGACCGCAACAGCAGGAACAAAACGAAUCACUCUCACUUCCGGAUGAAGCUGCGGAAGAAGUCCAAGUGCUCCCGGGGACGAAGAAGAGUAGUAGUACUGCUGCCACUUUGUCAACAAAAACAAACGGCGCGAGGAGCCUCCUCGAACGAAACAGACAGGGGAAUACGAAAACGAGAAGGAAAGUUGUGAAGAAGAAGCUGAACUUCUUGGAACUGGGAAAACAAGAAACAAAAGCGCAGCACCAGACGCACUGCGUUGAGGACACGCGCGACCCUGCAGUGGCGUAUCCAUUAUCUUCAGCACUAGUACCAGCAUCAGCUGCAAAAACCGACGCGCCAGCGAUGACACUAGUACCAGCAUCGGCUGCAAAAACCGACGCGCCAGCGAUGACACAGGGGGUGAGUGUGGAGAAUGAAAAUGCGAAUCCAAAUACUUCUCCUGGCGCAACUACCUCCACCACGACUGCCGCCCCCUGGCUGCGCAAAUACCGGAUGAAGUGCCGCGCUCUCGGGACGGAGAAGAAUCUGGGGCAGUUCGACGUGACAGCGGACAAAAGUCAAGAAGCCUGCGAGCGUAGCUGCGGAGAAAAAUCCACGUGUCUCGCUUACGAAUUCAAUUUCAAAGCCAGCAAAUGCGAGCACCACUCGAAGAAACUGACGCACGUGGCCGGGGAAAAGGGCUAUCUUUGCGCAGUGAAGAAUCCGCACCCGACUGCGCAACAAGGAAAUAGCGAGCUUGCGUAUUGCAAAGAAUCGAAUCUGGCGAAAGAUGACAACACGGAGUACAGGAUUACAACGAAUGGUCAAGAACUACAGCCAGAAGAUGAUGCGAGAAAUGCCUGUUGGGUGCGAGACAUCAGUGGCGUGGAAGACGCGAACACCUGUCGGGCCAGUUGCAGUGUGACUGCGGGCUGCGAGGCGUACAGUUACCACACUAACAAAAACUGCAGAUUGCUUCGCGGCUUCAAAGGUGAAGUCGAGGGUACUGCUAGCUCGGGUUCUUCUACAACUUCUUCUUGCAGCAUCGAACGAGUAACACACAGCAAAAACGGGUGGAUUUCGGGGCUGUGCUACAGCAACGCGCUGUGUGGAAAUCGAUUUGAUGGCUCGACGGAAAAUAAAAAAUGCGCUGCAGGCGAAAAAUUCCUUCCCGACGCAGCCUGUGUCUUCGGCACAUGGGAGUCGGGGUGCAACAAAGUUUGUUGUAGUCCAGACGAAAAGCGCAAAGUCCGGGUUCUGUUCGUCGGGAACAGUUUGACAUACGGCCACAGCUUCAACGAUUAUUCGACAAAUUUUCCUCGGUAUGUGUACGAGUUCGCGAGCUCGUUUGGGAUCCGGAUCGAAACCGAUGAAGACACCAUCGGGGGGUGUCAGGUGCGAAUGCACCUACCCGCCAUUCUGGAUAGCAAGGAAGACACGAAUCGCCCCGAUAGCUACAGCUGCAAAUGCCAUUCCGAUUUGGAGGACAAUUUCUGGAAAAAUAUGGACGGUGCCGGCCCGCUUGCGUGUUGCCAGAAGGGCUUGAAGCAGCAGGAAUCCGGGUACGACUUGAUAAGCCUGCAAGAUCACAGCGCGUUGGGGGGCUACGCCACACUGGCGAACGACUUUUUAAUGCCCUCCGUCGAGCUGUACAAAAACCAAAACCCGAAGGCGCAAAUCGUCAUGCACAUGGUUUUUUCCCCCAACGAUAUGAGCAGCAUCAGCGGGAACGAAUUUAGCGGGUGUCCGGGAUCGAAAUACUGUUGGCGAACCUACGUGCCAAACGACAACUGCCGUCUCUACCCAAGCGGGGAAUACGCGGCAGCCGCGUCCAAGGGUUUGACUUGUUUCCAGUACAGUCUCGCGCGCGGCUACCUGCACGGGCUGGACCACGGCGCCGCGAUUGUCGCGCCGGUUGGGUUGAGCAUGGCGUUUGCCCGGGGUUUUGCCGCUUUGGAAAAUGACUGUGACGACGUGAUGGAUCGGAGCUUUUGGACGCAACAUGUGAAAGAAACUGAAGUACUAGGGGAGCAAGCGACUAGUUCCCUGGCGGCAGCUGAUUUUGUGAAGAAACAGCUAGCCGACGGGGACUACAUGCGAGAGAACGGCAUCAAUAAAAGCGUUUCUCCGAUCGAAUCCACCCCUACGCCAUUGGGCAGUACGUCGCGGCAGUGAGUUGGGUCAGCACGGUGUUCAAGCUAGAUCCGACGGAUUGCCCGGGAAACGCGUCUGGCGGCAGCGGCCAUUGCGGGUGGAAACCGGACGACAUCACCUCUUCGGAUGCAAAAAAGGUACAACAAGCGGUAAAAGCCAGCCUGACACUCGAGGCGACUGGGACGUUUGACCCAUGCGUGUUUUGGAAGAACCGCGCGGACUGUGGGAACGUUGGGAUAGGUUCUUUGGAAGGGCCGGGAUGAGAUAAGGUUUUUCUGUGGGAAAGCGUCGAUAUCGGCAAGGAUAGUGAUAAGCUGCCUCGAGCAAGCGAAGUGUUGCUCUUGCUUCGCAUAUUCAAAUUCCAUUCGACUGGACGUUAUUUGAAUUGUUUUUCUGUGCACAGAGGACAAAGGGAAGCACGUACUCUCCGCCCUGUAAGUGAAUGCAGCUCAGACCACGAU